AUGUUCAGGCUACUGAUACCGUGCCUGUUAUGGCUGUCAACGGUGCGCUCGGAGACCGGGAUGCACACGGGCAUGCCGGUCGAGCCGCUGAUGGAUAAAAUGUCAGACGCCUCGAUGCUGAAGGCUAAGAGAGAGUCCUACCACCAACCUUGUGAACCGCUCUAUCCGCACGAUUCCGACGCUUACCCGCCGCCGUCGGUCUACGUUAAACCCCUGAUCCAACCAACCUACUUGAAAAAGGAGCUAGGUUUAGCGCAACCCUUAGCUCACUUGCAGUACGUUCAACAGCCGCACGCCUACCCCGCUGUGGUGCCGAAACCGACGAUCACGUACGUGAAACCGGUGACGCCCGCGGUCAACUAUCACGGGGUGCAGCAUCAGUCGUUGCAGUACAUCAAACCCGUGAUGCCCAUCUACCAGAAUCCCAUGCUGUCCUACGCGCCGAUCUACCAGAAGCCGCUGCACUACGCGCCCAUGUACCAGAGCCCCAUUUACCACGACGCGAUGCCCAAGAUCUUCCUCAAGAAGUACGAGGAACCUGUCUCCCCGAUACUCUAUCAGAAACCGCUGGUUCACGCGCCUCCCGUUCACUAUGCGACACCGAAAGUGGUGCACGUGCAGGCGCCACAGGUAUCCUACGUGAAACCUGUGGUCCACGCACCUCCAUCUGUGUACGCCCCGCCGCCGGCUCACAAUUCCAUUAUAGUCAAGCCACAUUGUCUGUAAAUCGCUUGAUCGCGCGCGACGUUGAUAUAUCGAGCUCCGGAGAAUGAUAGAAUCUCUAAAUGCGUUAAAGAUUAAACGAUCAACUGGCGAUUUCUAUGUCUUUCACGGCGGCUUUGAUCAAUCUGCAUUUUGUAAGCUGAAAAUGUAAGGCGAAAAAUAUGAAGAAUGAAGUGCAAUGGAAAAUUGUAAAUUACAAGCAUUGUAUGUACCGGAACGCAUUAUGUUUGUACAUCGAUACAAAUCGUGGAAUGCUACGAGUUAUCAAUAAAGAAGAAAGUGAAUUGUCAAAACUGGCAAAUUUGAU